AUGGCUCGUCUCUCACUCGCCGGGAUGCUUGUCAUCCCCUGGCUCCUGCUCGCCGGCCUCGUGUCGGGCGAUGCAGUGUUGGAUCUCCAGAACAAGGGCAGACCCAACAUCGAUGCCCAGCUUGCCAAAACUAGGGGUGACCUGUCGGCCGACGACAGGAAGGCGUACAUCGCUGCCAUGCUGUGUAUCAUGAAGAAGCCGUCCAAGCUGGACGCUACCAAGUUCCCCGGCGCCAAGUCGCGGUACGAUGACUUUGUCGUCGUUCACAUGAACCAGACCAUGACCAUCCACGGCACCGGUAACUUCCUGUCGUGGCACCGCUACUACACCUGGGCGUUUGAGCGUGUGCUCCAGACCGAGUGCGGGUAUAACGGAACCCAGCCUUACUGGGACUGGGGACGCUGGGCCCAGGACCCCGAGACAUCGCCUAUCUUCGACGGCAGCGACACCUCGCUGAGCGGCAACGGCGAGAAGAUCGACCACAAGGCGUCGGGGAUGGUGCCGGCAGGCAACGGUGGUGGCUGCGUCCAGAAGGGACCCUUCAAGGACAUGGUCGUGCACCUGGGGCCCGUCUCCCCCUCCGUCGACCCCGCGCCCCCCCGCAACCCGCGCACCGACGGCUACGGCGACAACCCGCGGUGCCUGCGCCGCGACAUCUCCAACCAGCUCUCCAGCAAAUACGCACGCACGCAGGACAUCGUCAGCCUGAUCACCUCCUCGGCCGACAUCGGCACCUUCCAGACCGUCAUGCAGGGCACGGGCGGGUUCGGCAUCGGUGGUGGCGGGAUGGGCGUGCACGGCGCGGGGCAUUUUACGAUUGCGGGUGAUCCGGGUGGUGAUUUCUACACGUCGCCGAAUGAUCCUGCCUUUUGGGUGCAUCAUGGUAUGAUUGAUCGCACGUGGACGAUCUGGCAGAGUCAGGAUUUGGCGAAGAGGACGCAGGUGAUUGCCGGGGGGACGAGUAUGUUUGGUGGGGGGAGGUUGCAGAGUUUGGAGGAUCCGGUGUUUUUGGGGGUGGUGGCGGAUAAGGUGUAUCCGAUUAAGGAGCUGGUGAGCGUGGUGGAUGGGCCGUUUUGUUAUGUUUAUGAGUAA